UGCGCUGGGUGACUUUCCCUUCCCUCCCACCCCCCGCCACCCCACUGCCGAUGGUUACACCGCCUUCCCCGCGGGCCUCGACCGAAUUUUUCUCCAACUUCCGAGACCCGUGAGAUUCCCUCCUUAGCACCCCGGCCCUCGGGAUCCCUCUGCCCAUCCCCGGGCCCGCCAUCGGAUCCCUGGGAUCCAUUCGAUCCCCGACUCAGAGGCUCCUGCUCUCCACCCUCAAGGUCUGGAGAAUCCCUCUGGCCCCCUUCUUAAAUGGAUUCUCUUCCUAGAGCCACUGACUUCUCGACUCCACCUGCUCCCUUUCCAAUCCCUUCUCUCUCCACGGAUCCUUUGGAUCCUGGGCUGUUCUGAUCGCUGUGACCCGGACCUACUAGAUUUUCUUCUUUGAUUUCUUGGUAUCUCCCAAUUGCUGCCCCCCCUCCCCAAAACCACUAGAUUUCUCCUUUCUGAUCAUCUGUGAUCCUUUAAUUCCCCGGGUGGGCGUCUGAUCCACUAGAUUCCUUUUCUCUAACUUCCCAGGAUCCCACCAUCCUCGAGUUCCCGCAACCUGUCAGGCAGUGUUAUCUUCUUGGAUCCCCGGGAUCCCUGCUUGUAAGAUCCCAGGUUUACAGUGACCCAAGCCUCCCUGCUCAGGCUUCUCCAGCCGGAUCCCGGGGUGGGCGCCGGGCGGCCGACCCCGGGCCUCCCCUAUGGCCGCCGCCCCCUCCCAUCCCGCCGGGCUCCCGGGUUCUCCCGGGCCGGGGUCACCUUCGCCCUCCGGCGGCUUGGAACUGCAGUCGCCGCCACCGCUGCUGCCCCAGGUCCCGGCCCCGGGCUCGGGGGUCUCCUUCCACAUCCAGAUCGGGCUGACCCGCGAGUUCGUGCUGUUGCCCGCCGCCUCUGAGCUGGCCCACGUGAAGCAGCUGGCUUGCUCCAUCGUCGACCAGAAGUUCCCCGAGUGUGGCUUCUACGGCCUUUACGACAAGAUCCUGCUCUUCAAACAUGACCCCACGUCGGCCAACCUCCUGCAGUUGGUUCGCUCCGCCGGAGACAUCCAGGAGGGCGACCUGGUGGAGGUGGUACUGUCGGCUUCGGCCACCUUCGAGGACUUCCAGAUACGCCCGCAUGCCCUUACCGUUCAUUCGUACCGAGCGCCUGCCUUCUGCGACCACUGCGGGGAAAUGCUCUUCGGCCUAGUUCGCCAGGGCCUCAAGUGUGAUGGCUGCGGACUGAAUUACCACAAGCGUUGCGCCUUCAGCAUCCCCAACAACUGCAGCGGGGCGCGCAAGAGACGCCUGUCGUCCACGUCUCUGGCCAGCGGCCACUCGGUGCGCCUGGGCACCUCUGAGUCCCUGCUCAGCAUGACUGAUGAGCUGAGCCGUAGUACCACCGAGCUCAUCCCUCGCCGCCCUCCCUCGUCCUCCUCUUCAUCUUCUGCCUCGUCCUACACCGGUCGCCCCAUCGAGCUGGAUAAGAUGCUGCUGUCCAAGGUCAAGGUGCCACACACCUUCCUCAUCCACAGCUACACACGGCCCACCGUCUGCCAGGCUUGCAAGAAACUCCUCAAGGGCCUCUUUCGCCAGGGCCUGCAGUGCAAAGACUGCAAGUUCAACUGUCACAAACGUUGCGCCACCCGUGUCCCUAACGACUGUCUGGGGGAGGCACUCAUCAAUGGAGAUGUGCCCAUGGAGGAGGCCACUGAUUUCAGCGAGGCUGACAAGAGCUCCCUCACGGAUGAGCCAGAUGACUCUGGUUUCAUCCCUGGCUCCCACUCGGAAAAUGCUCUCCAUGCCAGCGAGGAGGAGGAAGGAGAGGGGGGCAAAUCUGAGAGCUCCCUGGGGUACAUCCCCCUAAUGAGGGUGGUGCAGUCAGUGCGACACACAACGCGGAAAUCCAGCACGACGCUUCGAGAGGGCUGGGUGGUUCAUUACAGCAACAAGGAUACACUGAGGAAGCGGCACUAUUGGCGCCUGGACUGCAAGUGCAUCACGCUCUUCCAGAACAACACGACCAACAGAUACUACAAGGAAAUUCCACUGUCCGAAAUCCUCACCGUGGAGCCGGCCCAGAACUUCAGCCUCGUGCCACCAGGCACCAACCCACACUGCUUCGAGAUUGUCACUGCCAAUGCCACCUACUUUGUGGGAGAAACCCCUGGUGGGGCCCCAGGAGGGCCUAGCGGGCAGGGGGCUGAGACUGCCCGGGGCUGGGAAACAGCCAUCCGCCAGGCCUUGAUGCCUGUCAUCCUCCAGGACGCACCCAGCGCCCCCGGCCACGCACCCCACAGACAAGCUUCUCUGAGCAUCUCUGUGUCUAACAGCCAGAUUCAAGAGAAUGUGGACAUCGCCACUGUCUACCAGAUCUUCCCAGACGAGGUGCUGGGCUCCGGCCAGUUUGGAGUGGUCUAUGGCGGGAAGCACCGGAAGACAGGCCGGGACGUGGCAGUAAAGGUCAUCGACAAACUGCGUUUCCCCACCAAGCAGGAGAGCCAACUCCGGAACGAAGUGGCCAUUCUGCAGAGUCUGCGGCACCCAGGGAUUGUCAACCUGGAAUGUAUGUUCGAGACCCCGGAGAAGGUGUUCGUGGUGAUGGAGAAGCUGCAUGGGGACAUGCUGGAGAUGAUCCUCUCCAGCGAGAAGGGCCGGCUGCCUGAGCGCCUCACCAAGUUCCUCAUCACCCAGUUUAAUAGUGCUUCUGAAAGACCGUUCUAUUUCAAUUUCUGCUUUUUGCCUCUUGCCUGCCCCACCCCAAGUCCUGGGCUAAGCCCUAUACCUCAUGAACUUAUAAACUUCACAACCAUCUUCAAGAUCCUGGUGGCUUUGAGACACCUUCACUUCAAGAAUAUUGUCCACUGUGACUUGAAACCAGAAAACGUGUUGCUGUCAUCAGCUGACCCAUUUCCUCAGGUGAAGCUGUGCGACUUCGGCUUCGCGCGCAUCAUCGGCGAGAAGUCGUUCCGGCGCUCGGUGGUGGGCACGCCGGCCUACCUGGCGCCCGAGGUGCUGCUCAACCAGGGCUACAACCGCUCGCUGGACAUGUGGUCGGUGGGCGUGAUCAUGUACGUCAGCCUCAGUGGCACGUUCCCCUUCAACGAGGACGAGGACAUCAAAGACCAGAUCCAGAAUGCUGCCUUCAUGUACCCGGCCUGCCCUUGGAGCUGCAUCUCGGCCGGAGCCAUCGACCUCAUCAACAACCUGCUGCAGGUGAAGAUGCGCAAGCGCUACAGCGUGGACAAGUCUCUCAGCCACCCCUGGUUACAGGAGUACCAGACGUGGCUGGACCUCCGGGAACUGGAAGGGAAGAUGGGCGAGCGGUACAUCACGCACGAGAGUGACGAUGCGCGCUGGGAGCAGUUUGUGGCAGAGCACCCACUACCCGGGCCGGGGCUGCCAGCCGAAGGGGUGCUUCGUGGGACCCUCCCACCCCCGGACCACGAGAUGCAGGGGCUGGCCGAGCGCAUCAGUGUCCUUUGAGGUCUCGGGCUCCCACUCUGGCUGCCUCGUGAUGCUGUCCUUGCGUGCUCGGAGAGCGGCGCUUCACACCUUACCAGUGAUGAACUGUUCUAAGGAAAGCAGUUUCCUGCCCAACUUGGACACGCCCCCGGGGGAGGGGCAUGGCGGGGGCGGGGGCAGGGGCCCGGGUUAUUUCCAAAGUUAAUUCCCCAGCAAUUAAAAUGGACUCAUCUCUGGCCCUAUGGCCUU